AUGGCUUUGCUUUUUCUCAAAAAGAAGAUCUUUCCUACUAGGGAAUCCAACCCACUUCCAAGCAAGCCUCUCCUAGCUCGCAUCGAUGAUGAAGAAACAGUUCGCGGCGACUCAGACCGGGACAUCGAAUCCCAAAGCGGUCGUUCUUAUAAUACCUUCGGUCGUACCGUCAGCUACGAUGAUUCAACAACCAGCACCGGUAGCCAGCGGUCCCGCAUCAACCCUCGUAUCGUGUCAGAUGCCAUCCUAGGUCUUUCCGAUGGAUUGACCGUUCCAUUCGCGUUGAGUGCAGGUCUUUCCGCACUAGGUAAUACCAAAGUCGUUGUUCUUGGUGGAUUAGCCGAGCUAGCAGCUGGUGCCAUCUCCAUGGGUCUGGGUGGAUAUGUUGGUGCGAAGAGUGAAGCUGAAUCCUACCAAGCCACCGUGCGCGAAACACAAAACCUCAUCGAGAACGAACCCCAAGAAACACAUGCCAUGGUCCGCGACUGCUUCGCGCCAUACGGUCUCUCCAGCACUGUCGUCGAGGAUAUUACAAACGACCUCCACGCCUCAGAAGACCGAUUGUUGGAGUUCCUGCUCACAUUUCACCACCGCGAGUCCGCUCCUGACUGUAACCAGGCUUGGACAUCGGCUAUCACCUUGGCCCUUGGAUACUUUGUUGGUGGAUUCAUUCCCCUCGUCCCAUACUUCAUUGCGACACAGGUCAACGAGGCGUUGUACUGGAGUAUCGCAGUGAUGGCGGUGACACUGGCUGCAUUUGGGUAUAUCAAGACCUGCGUUGUGCGUGGCUGGUCUGGUCGUGAGAACAUCAUUGCUGCGAUCUGGGGUGGUAUCCAGAUGGUAUUUGUUGGAGGUGUGGCUGCCGGUGCGGCCAUUGGAUUGGUACGAUUGAUCGAUACUGGUGGUGCUCAAUAA